AUAGCCUCACUGCAAUAUGAUGCAUUCUCUACCGUUAUUUGGCAGCCAGGUAGUCGCGAGAUGCAUCACUUGAGCCUCUUACGAUGCACAACCCUGACAGAUGUUCUGCCGCUUUCACCCUUCAUUCUGUCCGUCCACAUCAUCUGUCCAUCAUUAAAGCGGCUGGUGUGGGCUAGGUUAGUCUCUCAAGGCGGCAGAGUAGUAACUCAGAGUAGCCAGAGACGCAACCUUUGUGCCUCAGGAUAUCUCUGCCUGACGGCUCGGUGUGACUCGUUGGAAACAUCUUCUCCCAUUCAAUCCUUCUGGCGACGAUGAUCUCCUCAUUCACAGGUUCAAGCCGACAUCGGGUGGUCCGCACACUGCAACAAGCAUGGAGAGUAGCUCAUCUGAGCAGGUCGAUUCCGAUGAAUUUAUUCAUUGACCAAUGACACGCAACAAUCCCAACUUCAUGACCAGUCAAUCGAGCAUAACAACAAUAUUUUGACAUACAACCCGCCACCACCCCUACGAACACUCCUCGGGCUGCCCGAAAGAGACGGAUAUGACCCGAGCCCGUCGUCAUUCAAGAUACUAUAUAUAUAGUGCUUAAGGUCGCCGAGGAUUCGCCAACAAGUUGACCUUGUCCCCGUUCGUUUCUUUAGCUUUUCACACUCCUUUCAACGACCUUUCUUUUGUUGCGACCAUGAUUCUGGUUGUCUACAUGCUCCUUUUUAUCUUGUUGACAAGUUGUUCCAUUGUUUCGUCUUCCCCGAUUCCGUUGUUCUCCACGUCGGGUUCCCUGUUCAUCGGGCAGUCCGAUAUUCUCAACGUAUCGACGCACGACCGGAAGGUUCAGCCUUUCAAAAGCAUCAUACCAUCUCAGGCGAACAGCACUGGUGUAGUCGAGUCGGGACGUCAAGCUAAUACCAUUGAUAACACCGAGCUCCCCGUUUCCCCGCUUCUAGGAAAGCGAUUUCUUGGUGGCGGAGAUCUCAUCAAUUUGGCCAGACCUCUUGCUCUGCUCCAAUUCGGUUCGACAGGAGUCAGCAUCGGCCCAAAUAGAGGAAAGGGCGGAAAAGGAAGAUAGACCUCCAGACCGUCAGAGCCGCCGUAGAUCUGAGUCUACUGCUUAAGGAAGAUGCUGUAAUGGAUCUUGUUAUUCCAUGCAGGAUCGAAUAGCUUUUGUGAAGACCAUCCGUAUCUAAAGGAUAUAAGACAUAGAUUUGAAAUAGUUGUAGGUGGACAUUUAUUUACAGAAAUCAGCACAGCUCGAUGCCUGUACUGGCACCCAAAGAUUCACUGACCAAUUCACGACCAGUUAACUCAGCAUAACAACAAUCUUUUAUUGACAUGCAAUCCGCCACCGCCCCUAUGGAUGCAUCUCUGGUUGCCCAAUUGCCAAUUCUCAAGAGAUAGAUAUGACCCCA